GCUUGCUAGAGUGACGUAUAGUACGUGCUACGGUACGCCACUUGUGACCAAGGGAGAAAAGCGCGGACAUUGAGAAUACUGGGGAAAUUGAACAGGAUCAUAACUUCAUUGAUUGCUGGAACAGAGUCCAAUUUCCUCUUCUCAUGUAAAGGCAUCAGGAGGUGUCUAACAUGGACGGAGAAUUAAGGUCAGGGAAGGAAAUUAACGAGGACAAGGUGCCUCAUCAUGGUGACACAGGAAAUGUCUCCACAGAGGAAAUGGAGAGUGGAGGAAGUCCUUCCCUAGCAAAGAGGCCCAGGCCUGAUGAUGUCACAGCUGACAGCACAGGAGAGAUUGAGGAGGACACCGGCGGUGAGAUGGCUGAUGGGAAGGAGUCAGACCAACCCCCUCGGGCUGAGAUGAACAUUACCCCGGAGACAUGUUACGGCUGUGCCUGUCCCAUCUGUGGCUUUGUGGCCAAAACUCCAACUUCCUUGAAGAUUCACUCCAAGAGGAAGCACACCAGUAGAGGAAAGACCAGGGGUGUGAGCUCAGCUGAGGUACUUGUUGAAAUAGAUGGCUCCACAACCGGAGCAACAGCACAGAGUUCAAAUGACAAAAUAGGUGGAGACACUGAGUGGAAAGUGAGCAGCAGAGAGAGACAGCAGGAUGCCACAGAGAGUCAGGGCUCAGAGGCAGGAGGUUCUGAGGGGGAGGUGACUUCAAUAAUAGCCAAAGAGGAAAUAGCUGAGAAACAAGGGACAGGGAGAGAAGCUUUUGACAGGAAGGUGACUCCAAUAGCUACAGAGGAGAUUGCAGAGGAGGAGCAAGAAAAUACCCCCGGUAAGAAGAUGGUAGGUAAACGGGGCACCAAGCCAAAGACUAUACAUGCUUGCAGCUACUGUGGUCACGAGUUUAAGGACAAGCCUAGCCUAGAUACACACAUCAAGAGACGCCACACCAAGGAGAUGAAUUACUUCUGUGAAUUCUGCUUGUACGCCUGUGUGGCAAAGUGCGACUACGAAAAGCACUGUCUUAGUAACAAGCACAACAAACGAGUCAUGGAAAGCAGGGAAUCCUCUGGCCUCUCGUCACCCACGGACAAGAAGCCAGCCGAACAGGCUCAAAUCUUUGCCUCCACAACGACUCAGACCCGGGCGUCCAAGCGUGCCCUCGGUGCCAGGUUCCAGCUGCAGUGCGGGAGUUGCGAAUUCAGGGUCAGCAACUCUGCUUUGCUGGAGAGCCACGCUCGGCUAAAGCACCAUGGCGAGCAUCGCUUCCUCUGUAACGUCUGCCACUACUACACCGCUACAUCUGAGUGGAUGGACACACACGUGUCCUCGGAGAGCCACCAGCGUGUGGCUGAGGAGAAAAACGCAGGGUCCUCCUUUGAGGACUGCGUUGAGAAGGUGAGUGUAGAUGCGGUCAGUGACGACAUGCUGACAGAUGACGUGGCAGUAGGGGUCAUCGGACACGAUGGAGAGCUGCACCCUGAUGUUAAUGAGGAAGCGAAGGCCGUGUUGGAGAACAUGGAAGAGCACAUGGACGAGAGAAUCCCUCCCAAGUGGAGGAGAGGCAGGCCAAAGGGGCCCACUGCAACUACAUGUGAAUACUGUGGCCUUCUCGCCUCCAAUAGUACCAAUCUAAACGUGCAUAUUCGUCGUAAGCACAGCCGGCAGUACAGCUACACCUGCAGGCUUUGUUCUUACAACUGUGUGACGAAAGGCGACAUGGACCGCCACUGUGUCACAAAGAAGCACCGUAAACGCGCGGAGGAUGCUAGCAGCGAUGGCCAAGUGGACCUGGAUACAUCAGUGCAGGUCGUGAGUACAGAGUCAGGGUCUCAGGCCAGCGAGGGUGAGGCUAUACAUCAGAAUAGUCCAGUCAGAGGAGGGUCCAAAAGAGAGGGGGGGGCCAUGGACAAAGAAGGGGAGCUGUCGCAAGACGACGACAAAGCACAAGUGAGCAGCCCGAAAAAGAGCAAGUACGACUUGGUCAACUCCUGCAGCCAUUGCAAGUUUGUAGCUCAUUCGAUUCCCUCCCUCGACCUCCACGUGAAGAGGAGACACACCCGGGACUUUGAGUUUGUGUGCCUGGCGUGCAGCUACUAUGCGGUCACGCGUCGAGAGAUGUCUCGCCACGCCUCCACGGACAAGCAUAAGCAGAAGAGCGAGGUCUACCUAGAGAACCUGGAGAGCUUCGUGGCGAAAGACCUGGCGCAGCCGGAGGAGGAGGCCACAGAGCUGGGGAACAGAGCUGACCCUGAUGCUGACAACAAUGCUCGCACUGAGGAUCCUUCCCCUUCAGUGUCCCCUGACACAGACAUGGAGCAGCCCGCUAACACAGACACAACUACAGACCAGCCUAACAUUAUAGACACAGACCAACCCACAGACACAGACCAACCCUUAGACACAGACCAGCCCAACAACACAGACACAGACCAGCUCCCUAUCAUCGAUGCAGAGAAACCCACAGAUGCAGACCAACCUACAGACACAGACCAGCCCAACAACACAGACACGGACCAGCUCCCUAUCAUCGAUGCAGAGAAACCCACAGACACAGAUGCAGACCAACCUACAGACACAGACCAGCCCAACAACACAGACACGGACCAGCUCCCUAUCAUCGAUGCAGAGAAACCCACAGACACAGAUGCAGACCAACCUACAGACACAGACCAGCCCAACGAUACAGACAAGGACCAGCCCCCUUGCACUGAUACAGACCAACCCACUAACACAGAUACAGACCAAUCCAAAGACAUAGACCAGCCCAACAUCACUGACAUAGACCAGCCCAACAUCACUGACAUAGACCAGCCCAACAUCACUGACAUAGACCAGCCCAACAUCACAGACACAGACCAGCCCCCUAUCACCAAUACAGAGCAACCCACAGACACAGCUACAGACCAGCCCACAGACACCGAACACCCCACACAGACUUCUGACGUUUUGAGCAACGAGCAUGCAGCCCCAAUAGUGGAAGUUAGUGGCACUGUUGUUGAGGAAAACACUGAGAUUCAGGUGGCUGGUGAGGCAUCCAGUGGUGGCGCGGAACAAACCAGCAACGAAGCCCCAGGUACAAUUGAGCCUCAGGAAGCACCAACAGAAAUCACCAUAACACCGCCUGAGGAAGGCCAGAAGGAAGGGGUCGAGGCAGAGGCAGAGGCAGAGGCAGAGGCAGAGCCAGUCUGUUCCGACGACGACGUUGAGAUGGCAGAUGAGAAACCUCGCAUCUCUUCCCCAGAGAAACAGCUCACCAGGGCACUGCCAUUCGAUGCUUGCAUCGUACCUCUCAAGUCCUUGACUGAAGCCGAGCUGGCUCUGCAUGAAGAACGAAUGGCUCACUCUGUUGAGGGACACUCUGGCCCGGCUGUAAGUGGCCUGGCCGGGGCGGGCAGUUUUCAGAAGAUCAAAAGAACCAAACCUGUAGGGGCUUCAGGUCUGUCCAAGCGGUUAACUCCCAACCCCCGCAUCCGCUGCGAGGACUGUGGCUUCGUGGCGGACGGCAUGAGCGGCCUCAAUGUGCACAUCUCCAUGAAGCACCCGUCCAAGGAGAAGCACUUCCACUGCAUGCUGUGCGGCAAGUCCUUCUACACGGAGAGCAACCUGCACCAGCACCUGACCAGCGCCGCCCACCUGCGCAACGAGCAGGCCAGCAUCGAGGAGCUUCCGGAGGGCGGCGCCACCUUCAAGUGCGUGAAGUGCACGGACCCGUUCGAGACGGAGCAGGAGCUGUUCAUGCACAUCAAGGAGAAGCACGAGGAGCUGUUGCGCGAGGUCAAUAAGUACGUCCUGGAGGACACGGAGCAGAUCAACCGCGAGCGCGAGGAGAACCAGGGCAGCGUGUGCAAGCACUGCGGCAAGGUGUGCAAGAGCAGCAACUCCAUGGCCUUCCUGGCUCACAUCCGCACACACACAGGAUCGAAGCCAUUUAAGUGCAAAAUCUGCAACUUUGCCACCGCCCAGCUGGGUGACGCCAGGAACCACGUGAAGAGACAUCUGGGCAUGAGAGAGUACAAGUGCCACAUCUGUGGGUGGGCCUUUGUGAUGAAGAAGCACCUGAGCACUCACCUGUUGGGGAAACAUGGACUGGGCCAGCCCAAAGAGAGGAAGUUUGAGUGUGAUCUGUGCGACCGGUCGUUCAGUGAGAAGUGGGCUCUGAACAACCACAUGAAGCUGCAUACGGGGGACAAGCCCCAUAAGUGUGCCUGGCCAUCCUGCCACUACGCCUUCCUCACCCUGUCUGCCAUGAAAGACCACUACAGGACACACACAGGAGAAAAGUCCUUCCUGUGCGAUCUCUGUGGUUUUGCGGGUGGCACGCGACACGCCCUCACCAAGCAUCGCCGGCAACACACAGGAGAACGGCCCUUCAAGUGUCAGCUGUGUGGCUUCGCCUCCACCACCCAGUCCCACUUGACCCGCCACAAGCGCGUGCACACAGGGGAGAAGCCCUACCGAUGCCCCUGGUGCGACUACAGAUCCAACUGUGCGGAGAACAUCCGAAAGCACAUCCUGCACACGGGGAAACACGAGGGAGUGAAGAUGUACAACUGCCCCAAGUGUGACUACGGCACCAACAGCCCCAUGGACUUCAGGAACCAUCUGAAGGAGCAUCACCCCGACAUCGAGAACCCUGACCUGGCCUACCUGCAUGCAGGUAUCGUGUCCAAGUCGUUCGAGUGUCGUCUAAAGGGCCAGGGAGCCACGUUCGUGGAGGUUGACACUGCGUUUGAUGGGGCCUUCCCGGUGCGAAGGGUGGGCUCCAUGGAGGGGCUGGAGGGCCAGGAGGGUGUCCAGCAGGUGAUCAUCAUCCAGGGUUACGGCAGUGGGGAGAUGGCCUUCGACCAGGCCCUGGAAGAGUCAGCCGCUGCCACCCUGCGAGACCUGGCCAUGGCGGGCCAGGUGGCCGAGGUGCUCCACAUCACCGAGGACGGCCAGGUCAUCUCCUCGGGGAGGGAGGUGUCUGCAGGCGGGGCCCAUCACCUGGCCGGAGGCACCACCCGGUACGUCCUGCUGGAGUCCGGCGGGUCUGCAGCCGGAGGUCACGGGGGUCACGGGGGAGGGGCGACGCACCACCACAUGGUGUCGGAGUCAUCCACGGCUCUGGAUGCCCUCCUCAGUGCCGUCAGCGAGAUGGGCCAGCAGGAAGAGGACAGCCAAGAGGUCAUGACCCAGGAAGUUGUGUCAGAGGUGGUGGAGGAAGAGGAGGAGGUGGAGGUGAAGACGGAGGAGGAGGUGUGGGAGGAGCAGCAGGUGCAGGAGGAGCAGGUGGUCCAGGAGGUUCUGCAGUUUGCAGCCAGCCAUCUGAUGAAGGAGGGGCUGACGCAGGUGAUCGUCAACGAUGAGGGGACUCACUACAUCGUGACGGAGCUGGAUGACAACACCCUCCAGGUGGAGGGGACCAUGUACACCCAGCACCAGGGAGGGGAGGAGGGCCAGGCUGGGGAGAGGAUGGUCUACUACCUGGAUGGAACGCCACACAAUGUGGUUCUGGAGAAGGUGGAGGUGGACUAGUCGGUGACUGUGGCGAGAAUCUCAUCUGGAUUUCCUUGAUUCCUCGAGUCCUCUCCUCAACUCCUUCUCAAAACCCGUUGGAUAAGAAGUUGUAGAGGAGUGACCUCUGUCUGACCUUUUCAUCCAUUGGGUUGGAGAAGGAGGCGAGGGGACAGAAUGCAGUUGAGACUUUCCCUGUGUGAAGACCAAAUGUCCAGCUUAAAGCCCCUAAGAGUCUUCCUCUUUGUCUCUUUCAUUGAAAAUGUCAUGUAUUUUGUUUUUUACAUAGCUUUAUCUCCGUUUUGCAACGAUCAACUCAGGAUAACAUUGACAUCUAUAGUGUUCUAGUGAGGUGCGAAGUCUUUGGCGCUAACAUUAUUUAACAUUUGCAUCAUUUUAUGGCCAACGCCAGAAUUACCACUUGUUUUUGGAGUUAUGACUGGAAAUACAUAGGCUAUUUUCAGUUGCAAAAAGAAUACUUUUAAGAUUACAUAACGGGAAAUGUUCCCGUUAUCUAGAAAGACGUACAAUCUUUAAGUUGCGUGGUUUGGUUUUGCUGAAAGUUGGAGAAUAAUAGCAGCUUUAUUUUUCAGUUUGAUAUGGUUUUACUAAAAGGACAUUUCCAACCAAAAACUAUAUUUUGCUAUUUGUUUAAUCAGCCCAUUGUUGGUUUUGCAUGUCAGCAAUCCAUUUUCAACAUAUAUCAUUUUCAAAACACAGAAAUACCGCUGGUAUGAGGCAAAAGGCAGCAUCAUCUUGCAUCAUACCAGCUGUAUUUAUGUGUUUUGAAAGUUAUAUAUCUUGAAAACUUGUUUGCUGACAUGCAAAACAUUUCUGUACUAUAUCAACAAUGGACUAAUGAAACAAAUACCAAAAUAUUGUUUUUUGGGUGGAGUUUUCCUUUAAGUAGUGAAUUAGUUUGCAAUUGUAAGUUAAAUAAUUAUUUUUUGUUUGUUUAUUUAAAAAGGUACAUUAAUAGGUCUGUUUUGAUAACAGACGCCUUGCUUUCAUACCUUGCUGAAUCUAGGACCAAUAGGAUUUUGGACAUCGAAAAUAUCCAGUCCACUGAUUGGCUUUGUUUUCAGCAAUUCCUAAAUAUGGUCAGAACGUUGAUUGGUCUGAAUCCAGGGGCAGUCCACCUGUUUUUCAGGAUGUUCUCAAAAUGUCACGGUGCUGACAUUGUUUUGCAUCAUAAUUAAGUUCUCUCAUAGUGAGUGUCCUUUGACCGUCAAAAUAGGACAAAUGAAUUGGAUCGCCACAGAAACAUGCGUUUGACAGAAUAGCUUGGUGAUGACACAACAUUUAGUGAGUUUCUGAUAAUCAUAAUUCAAUUAAAGUUGCUAAAUAUUUUUCUCCAUUGGUUUUACUGCUCUCAGUUAUUGUAAAUAUAUGUUUCUGUAAAUGAAAUUGCAAUGAGACUUGCGUUUGACUAAUGACAAUAAAGCUCAGUCUUCAUUUUUGGAGGGUUGCUAGUUCAA